CAGCUGGCUGGAAUUGCUCCAUCACAGAUUCUUUCAGUGGACAGUUACUUCUCUGACAUCCAUGAUUAUGAAUAUGACAAAAGUCUGGGCAGUACACGGUUUUUCAAAGUGGCCCGGGCGAAACAUAGAGAAGGAUUGGUUGUGGUUAAAGUCUUUGCGAUCCAGGACCCCUCUCUGCCCCUAACCAGCUACAAACAAGAGCUGGAGGAGCUGAAAAUCAGACUGCACUCCUGUCAGAACUGUCUGCCUUUUCAAAAAGCCACACUUACUGAGAAAGCAGCCAUACUAUUUCGACAAUAUGUUCGGGAUAACUUGUAUGACCGUAUCAGUACGCGGCCGUUCCUCAACAAUGUGGAGAAGAAGUGGAUCGCCUUCCAGCUCCUCAAUGCUGUGGACCAGGCCCAUAAAUCUGGUGUGCGUCAUGGUGACAUUAAAACAGAGAAUGUUAUGGUGACAAGCUGGAACUGGGUGCUUCUCACAGACUUUGCUAGUUUUAAACCUACAUACUUACCUGAAGACAACCCUGCAGAUUUCAACUACUUCUUUGACACGUCCAGGAGGAGAACGUGCUACAUUGCACCAGAGAGAUUUGUGGAUGGCAGCAUGUUUGCCACAGAAAGUGAC